AUGAAUAUCAGCCCCACUUGUUUUGGGUAUAUCGACGACGAGGAAGACUUGGCCCUUAUUUUCCAGGGUGUACUCAACGGAGAUCUGAAAUGUAUCGAACGAAGGCCAUAUGAAGCAGAAAAGGCUGGAUUAGUCAGUUCAGGAAACAUUUUUGUUUUUAAUGAAGAGAAAUCUGGAAUCAAAAGAUGGACCGAUGGUUUUUCUUGGUCUCCUUCUAGAAUUUCAGGCAAAUUUCUCGUAUAUAGAGAGUAUAAUAGACUUGUUUCCUUUCAGGAUCCAUCAUUGCAUAACAUCCUUGACUAUAAUAUUUUCAAGAGGGCACAUAGAGAAUAUUUUUAUACUGGCCUGCUCAAAAAGACGUUUUCUUUGAAGUUCAACAUAGAUCCCACUGAAACUAAUAAACUGGAGACAUUUCACCUUAUCGCUUACUAUGCGGAAAAGGACAUUGAUCAAGGAAGUUUGAAGAGACCUUCAGAAAAUCCUUUCUUCCAGAAAUUCUGUCCCUCACAAGAACUCUCAGAUGCUUUGCAAAAAGUAGCUGUGGGAAAUGGCAGAUCAAACCCCUCUAGGAACAAUGAAAGAGACAGAGCGAAAGCUCAUAACUCUAGAAUGAGUAGUUCGUUGUCACCUUCUUCGAGCUAUAGUCACCACUCAAACAAAGAUACUAGUUCUCCAGGAAAUAUUCCAAAUAGGGCGUCCUUCAAUAAUGAGAGUAACGUUCAAAUACCUUUGAAAACUCUCCAUAAUAUUUCUGGGAACAUGCAUACACAACAGCCGCAAUAUAUCUUACCAAUAGAACAACAGAAUCAAUUACCUUUCCCAUACGUACAGCAUCAACCACAACCAAUAGGCAUAUACAAUCCUAGCUACGAACCUGGAUUGAAGCGCACGGUUUCACAACCUGUGAUUUUCUGUAACACUUACAAUACACUCCCACAACAACCUAUUUCAUCGCCACAUGGAGGACGGAGUGUAACACCUCCAAUGGUAUACUUGCCUAAUGAAAUAAACGCAAGACCAUACCAAAAUAUCAAUUUAUAUUACUCAAGAUCAGGCCUUGAGUCCAAUAAUCUCAACGCUCCUAUCCCAUCAAAUAUGGUACCCCCGGUGCAUUCAAUAUUAAUGCAUGAUUACCGACAACAAAAACUACCCACUAAUUCUAAUCCCGCUCAACCUCAUAAUGCAACCAUAGCCCCCUCUAUAGGCAACAAAGACUUGGAUGGAAUGUAUAUUCUACCAGCACCUCGUAUCAACCCCCCAUCUCACACGCAAUACCAAAUGACUUUUGCGCCAAACAGCAUGCAGCAUCCAUCUUCAUUUAAUAGAAACAAUACACCAACCGAUCACAUAUACCACCAAAACUCAAAGUAG